AUGGCAACAAGACUUUCUGAUUUGCGUGGAUACAUUUGUCUGGUCACUGGUGCUAGCAGAGGGAUCGGACGUGGCGUUGCGAUAGGCUUAGGCGAAUGUGGUGCCACAGUCUACAUUACGGCUCGCACCCUCACACCUAAGAAUGAAUCCAGUGAUGGUGCCACUGGAAGUCUGGAGGAAACUGCCGCAGAAAUAACUGCUAGAGGAGGUGUAGCCAUUCCAGUGGCGGUAGAUCAUGCAGAUGAUUCACAAGUUACAAAUCUAUUCUCCCGCAUUCGUCGUGAGCAGAACGGCCGUCUAGACAUUUUGGUGAACAAUGUAUACUCUGGCGUGGGUGUUCUUACUGCGAUUGUUAAGGAACAUCGAAAAUUCUGGGAAUUGGGUCCCGACGAGUCGCCAGCAUUGAUAUGGGACUCUGUGAACCGCGUCGGUCUCCGCAACCACUACAUCUGCUCCGUUCUUGCAGCUCGUCUAAUGCUGGGUUCUCGCAAUGAGCUGAAUGAGGACUCCGAGGAUAAUGCCAAUGGUGUAAAGCCUUCCGAGCGUGCUCGUCCUGGUCUCAUUUUCAACAUUUCCUCCGUUGGAGGUCUUCGUCAUUUUUUUGCCGUUGUCUAUGGUGUUGGCAAAUCUGCUGUUGAUCGAAUGACAGCAGACAUGGCGGAGGAGUUGCGGUCACGUAAAAAGAGCCUCUCCGUCAUCUCUAUUUGGCCUGGUUUUGUACGUACUGAGAUGAUGCUUAGUAACAUGAAAGGCUCCAGCAAAUCCUUUCCUCUCGACAUCGAAACUCAGUCGGAGUCGCCGGAACUCACAGGUCGAAUUAUUGCUGCUAUCGCCAUGGAAACACGUGAGGAAUUGCUGGCUCGUUCAGGUCGUGUAUUUAUUGUUGCCGACGUGGCGAACAGUCUUGGAAUUCACGAUAUUGACGGUCGCUCUCCCGUUAGUUUCCGCUCCUACAAAAUCCUCCUGCAAGUGGCUGGUUGGAAACGUCUCGCAGCCCUUGUUCCAUCCUUCCUGAAGGUGCCAUACUGCCUCCUCAAACCCACCUCACCACGAUUCUAA